AUGGAGCGUGAGUGUAUCUCUGUUCAUAUUGGUCAAGCUGGUGUCCAGAUGGGCAAUGCCUGUUGGGAAUUGUACUGUUUGGAACAUGGAAUUCAACCUGAUGGUCAGAUGCCAUCAGAUAAAACUAUUGGAGGUGGAGACGAUUCCUUCAACACAUUCUUCAGUGAGACAGGAGCCGGUAAACAUGUACCAAGAGCUGUGUUUGUUGACUUGGAACCGACGGUUGUAGCAACAUAUACCAACCUGAACCGACUUAUUGGACAAAUCGUCAGCUCAAUCACAGCAUCUUUAAGAUUUGAUGGGGCUUUAAAUGUAGAUUUGACUGAGUUCCAGACCAACCUGGUACCCUACCCACGUAUACAUUUCCCUUUGGCUACUUACGCCCCCGUAAUCUCCGCAGAGAAAGCAUACCAUGAACAAUUAACUGUUGCUGAAAUCACCAACGCCUGUUUUGAACCAGCUAAUCAAAUGGUAAAAUGUGAUCCUCGUCAUGGUAAAUAUAUGUCUUGCUGCAUGUUGUACAGAGGUGAUGUUGUUCCUAAAGAUGUCAAUGCUGCAAUCGCCACCAUCAAGACCAAAAGAACCAUUCAAUUUGUCGACUGGUGUCCAACUGGUUUUAAAGUCGGUAUCAACUACCAACCACCAACUGUUGUUCCAGGAGGAGAUUUAGCCAAGGUACAGAGAGCUGUUUGUAUGUUAAGUAAUACCACUGCUAUUGCUGAAGCUUGGGCUCGACUCGACCAUAAAUUCGAUCUGAUGUACGCCAAGAGAGCUUUUGUCCACUGGUAUGUUGGUGAAGGUAUGGAAGAAGGUGAAUUUUCUGAAGCUAGAGAAGAUCUGGCUGCUCUAGAGAAGGAUUAUGAAGAAGUUGGUGUUGAUUCUGUAGAAGGUGAAGGGGAAGAAGGCGAGGGAGAAGAAUAUUAA